AUGGUGAAGGAAGAGUGCAAAGCGCUGCUGGACGCGCUCAACAAGGUGACCGCCUGCUACCGGCACAUGGUGCUGACCAUCGGCGGCACCUCGGACUCCCAGAAUCUGCGGGAGGAGCUCAAGAAGACCCGUCAGAAAGCCCAGGAGCUAGCAGUUGCUAACAGGAAUAAGCUCACCACGGUCCUGAAGGACAAAACCGUGAGUAAGGAAGACAAAGCUGAGUUCGAGAGGCUAUGGGUGAUUUUCUCCACGUGCCUAGAGAUCCUGGAGAUCGACAUGAGGAGAGCGCUGGAGCUGGGCCACGAGUUCCCACUGAACGUCCCCAAAAAGCACCUGAUCCAGACAGGCAUGAGUGGGGGAACCUCUGGCGUAGCUGCCAGGGCAAUGAGCGUCCAGAACAUGAAAUAUGAGGCCGAGCACAAUAUAGACGUGGUGGAUUUAAAAGACCUCGAAAAUGAGAUUAACCAGGUAGGAGAGAUGAUGUACGAGAUGGAAAUGAAGGUCAAUGUCCCCCAGUGGACAGUAGAGGCUAAGCAAGACCCGGGGGCUGAACUAAAAUCCACUAUCAGCGUGGGCGCUUCUUCUAUUGGCAUGAUCUCCGUGGAGGAAAAUAAAUCCUUCUGUGAUAUCAGCAAGGUUCUAGCUGGGAUUAUUUUCUCUGCAGUGCUCAUUAUCGCUAUCGUCCUGGCCGUGUGUGUGGUGAAACUCUCUUAG